UUUCCAAAGAAAUUUUCCUAUUUUUGAGACAAAAGGAAAAUGUGGGAAUGGAAUAAAGUUAGGAUUUUGCAGUGAGCAUAAGACAUUAGCAUCCAGUUGAAAAGAUUUACUAGAGCUACAGCUCAGUAAGGAAGAGUGAAAGAGUGGAGUAGUAGGGUAGUAUUCUCUGCCAUUGCCGAUCCUUGUUUUUUUGCCUGUUGAAGAGAAUAGGAUCCCAAUUCAGUCGCUUCACUGCAAAUCACUGGUUCACGCCAUUCAACACUAUCAUCACCAUCAUUUUCACCAUGUUUUUGUCUAUAUAGCUUCGUCUGAUUUAAGUAUUCAACCCAAAACCUCUGCAUCCCAUAAUGGACUAUGAAAGGAUCCAAAAGCCUCAGGUUGGUGGAGGGUUUUCUCCGGGAAAGUUGAGGACUAUGCUUUUGGGAGUGGAGAAGAAGAGGAAGGAAGAAGAAGGGCUUGAUUCAAAUUACUCAUUGAGAUCUCAGGCUUCCGAGGUCGAUGAUGGAGGUGGUAGUUAUUCUGACAAUUGCAAAGAUCUAGAUGUUGUAAGUGAACUUCCUGAAUGUUCCACUUCAGCGGCAGCUGACUCAUUAGCACCAGAGAUGAUUAAUGACCAUCGAUUGAAAGAUCACCCUUCAGUUAAUCCGAGAAUUAGGUUUCAAGAAGACUUGCCUUUUGAUUAUGAUAGUGGGCAUGAUGGUAUGUGCGUAUCCUCGUCAAUAUUUGAGUUCCAAAAGGCGGAGCGUGCCCCCCAGAGAGUGCCUGUUGGACCCUUCUCAAAACCUGCACCAUCAAAAUGGGAUGAUGCACAGAAAUGGAUUGCAAGCCCUACUUCAAACCGGCCAAAGGGUGGGCAAGGGGUUGGCUCACGAAAAGGUUAUGGGAACCGGCAACCAUCCACUAAGGUUGUUGUCGAAGUUCCAGAUCAGAGAUUGGUUCCUUUUGAAGAACCAGAUACCAAGCGAAUUGAUCCGAGCCAUUCCAAGAAGGAAAGUGCUGGGCAGAAGUUUGUUACUUGGGAAGUCGACUCAUACCCAACUGCAGAUCCAUAUGCCAAGCCUGUUCUCAUGAUUGAGAAUACCGUUGAAGAGUCAGCAAUUAGCCUCAGUCGGCAUGAUCCAUCCAUGUCCAUUCACAGUGCAACUACAUUUAUUCCACCUCCUUCAACUGCUAGGUCUGUGUCAAUGAGAGAUAUGGGCACCGAAAUGACUCCUAUUGCCAGUCAAGAGCCUUCCAGGACUGGAACUCCUGUGAGGGCAACAACGCCGACUCGCAGUCCAACAUCUUCUAGGCCUUCAACUCCAGGCAGAGGUGCACCAGCUUCAUCUCCUGUUGGUCCACUUAAUGACUGUCUGGAUAGUAACAAGAAUGAGCUAUCUGAAAAGGAAAUACAAAUGAAAACUAGGAGAGAAAUAAUGGUUCUUGGUACGCAGCUUGGUAAGAUGAAUAUUGCUGCCUGGGCUAGUAAAGAGGAGGAGGAUAAGGAUGCAUCUACAUCCCUGAAAACUGUAGCAGUGGAACAACCGACUAAAAGUGUCAUUGAGACACGUGCAGCAGCUUGGGAGGAGGCGGAGAAAGCUAAGUAUAUGGCCAGGUUUGAACGCGAAGAGCUCAAAAUACAAGUAUGGGAAAAUCAUCAGAAAGCGAAGGCAGAAGCUGAGAUGAGGAAAAUUGAGGUGGAGGUGGAAAGGAUAAGGGGAAGGGCCCAUGACAGGCUGAUGAACAAGCUGGCAGCUGCGAGGCACAAGGCUGAGGAGAAGCGAGCAGCAGCAGAAGCCAAGAGAAGUCGACAAGCAGCAAAAACUGAGCAGCAAGCAGAGUAUAUACGAAAAACUGGGCGCAUCCCUUCCUCGUUUUCCUGCUGGAAUUGGUGCUCCUAAAAUCUGAAACACUAGUUGGGGAGGCCGGUUCGGUUCUUGUUUUGCACUGUGACUGAUUCCUUAGACAUUGUGCUGUGAUGUAGCAUAUAUAGCAUGUAUGAAUUUAAGGAUGUUGAUAUGUCUUUGCCAUUGUGGCCGUCUCAUUUUGCAGAAGCCUCGUGGGCUGUUUUCUCAUGACAACAAUUGUAUUCUGCUGUUAAGAGCUGGAAUGAAGCUUCUUUUUUGUCUUUUCACCCA